CUGGGAGUGGGAGAGGCUGACGGAAGUGUCAUUUCCCCCCCUCCGUUUUAUUUUUAAAAACUCCUUGUUCAGAGCCGGAGUGAAGGGCCGCUCCGUAGAUGGCCAGCUUUCCUCCGAGUGUUAACGAGAAGCUCAUUGGAAGGUCACGGACAGCGGGAGAACUCUUAGCUCCGGCUUCUCCUUUUGAUAAGAAGUGUGGACGUGAAAACUGGACAGUUGCUUUUGCUCCAGAUGGCUCCUACUUCGCUUGGUCCCAAGGCCAUCGCAUAGUAAAGCUUGUCCCCUGGUCUCAGUGCCUUAAGAACUUUUCAUUGCAUGGUGUAAAAAAUUUUGCCAACUUAAGUCAUUCCAAGCUUUCAAGGCAGAACAGUGAUGGUGACCAGAAAAACAAGCCCUCUGAGCAAGUCAUAGAUUGUGGUGACAUAGUCUGGAGUCUUGCUUUCGGAUCAUCAGUACCUGAGAAACGGAGUCGUUGUGUGAAUAUAGAAUGGCACCGCUUCAAAUUUGGCCAAGACCAGCUUCUGCUAGCUACAGGCUUAGCCAAUGGACGUAUCAAAAUAUGGGAUGCCUAUACAGGGAAGCUCCUUCUUAACUUAAUGGACCAUAUUGAAGUUGUCAGACACUUGACUUUUGCCCCUGAUGGCAGCCUGAUACUAGUAUCGGCCUCAAGAGACAAAACAUUACGAGUGUGGGACCUAAAAGAUGAUGGAAAUAUGAUGAAAGUAUUAAGAGGACACCCAAACUGGGUGUAUAGCUGUGCUUUUUCUCCUGAUUCUUCUAUCCUCUGCUCCGUGGGGGCCAAUAAAACAGUAUUGCUUUGGGAUAUGGAUAAAUACACCCUCAUCCGAAAGCUGGAGGGGCACCACAACGAUGUUGUAGCCUGUGAGUUUUCCCCUGAUGGAGCCUUGCUGGCUACUGCAUCUCACGACACCCGCGUAUAUGUCUGGGACCCCCAUAUCGGAGCAAUAUUAAUGGAGUUUGGGCAUCUGUUUCCCGCUCCAACUCCAAUAUUUGCUGGAGGAGCAAAUGACCGCUGGGUCAGAUCUGUAUCUUUCAGUCAUGAUGGACUGCAUAUUGCAACCCUUGCUGAUGAUAAGCUGGUUCGAUUCUGGAGAAUUGAUGAGGAUUAUCCUGUGCAAGUUGCACCUUUAAAGAAUGGACUUUGCUGUGCCUUUUCUACUGAUGGCAGUGUUUUAGCUGCUGGAACACAGGAUGGAAGUGUGUAUUUCUGGUCCUCUCCCAAACACAUUCCCAGCCUCCAGCAUUUGUGUCGCAUGGCAAUCAGACGGGUCAUGCCUACAAGGAAAGUGGAGAACUUGCCUGUGCCCUUGGCCGUCAUCUCUUUCCUUUCCUACCGGAGUUAGAAAAACAAUCAGAAAUGAAUGAAAAGCGUCAUGCUUCUUAAAGCCUUUGCCCUUCAGUGGCCCACAGGUUUUGACAUGGCUUUGAUUUAUUUCCUGAAAAAAAAAAAAGAUAAUCAAGAUCCCAAAUACUGACCGUGUUGAAUUUCUAAAGGUAUUAUUUAUAGAAAAACAACAGAGUAGGUGUGUUUUCCAAAAUUGUGAGACAGCUUUUUCAAAAGGAAAAAAAGCUCUAACUGUGAAACCUUGUACAUAAUUGGAUGUAAGCUGCUAUGUGCUCUUCAUGUAUAUCUUUUGUGAUUGCUUUUUUUUUAACUGUAGUAUGUAGCGUGCAUGCACAGACAGGAGUCCAUGUGUAUAUAAGUGUGUGCGUGUGGGUAGAUUCACAGUAUAAAAACCUCUUGAGAUUCA